AUGGUCCUCCAUAACCCCAACAACUGGCACUGGGUCAACAAGGAUGCCUCGGCCUGGGCAAAGCAGUAUCUUGAGGAGAGCUUGACGAAAGUCGAGUCCACCGAUGGCGGUGUCACGGCAAAGAUUAGCAAGGUUGUGAGCAUGGAUGGCGACGUCGACGUUAGCCAGAGGAAGGGCAAGGUCAUCACCAUUUACGAUGUGAAGCUCGUCUUAGAAUACACCGGCACCACCUCUGAAGAGACUGAAGUCUCUGGCACCAUCACCGUUCCUGAGGUUGCCCACGAUACUGAGGAAGAUGAGUUUGUGUUCGACAUCGACAUUUACUCCGACUCCAAGGAGAAGCAGCCCGUCAAGGACCUGGUCCGUUCCAAGCUCCUGCCCCAGCUGCGCCAGGAGUUCCUCAAGCUCCCCGGAGCCUUGAUCACUGAGCACGGAAAGGACAUUCAGCAUGCUCCGGGCUCCAACCCUUCGAGCGGCUUCUCCACGCCCAAGUACCACGGCCAAGUGUCGGCUGCGAAGCCCGCUUCAAACUCGGCGAGCGUCAAGAGCAGUAACGGUAGCGUCGUUAACACCAUGACCCUUACCGACACAGCCGAGUUCCGCACCACGGCCGAGGAGGCCUACCAGACCUUUGUUGACCCCGCUCGCAUCGCCGCCUUCACCCGCGCCCCCCCAAAGGUGUUCCAGGGAGCCAUCAAGGGCGCCAAGUUCGAGUUGUUUGACGGAAACGUCACUGGCGAGUACCUCGAGCUCGACGCUCCCAAAAAGAUUGUUCAGAGCUGGCGCCUGAAGCAGUGGCCCGAGGGUCAUUUCUCCAAGCUUAGCAUCGAAUUCGACCAAAACGACGUCGAUCACGUCACACUGAUGCGUGUCAAAUGGGAAGGUGUCCCCGUCGGCGAGGAGGAGGCUACUAAGCGCAACUGGCAAGAAUACUAUGUCAACAGCAUCAAGCGCACCUUUGGUUUCGGCACCAUUUUGUAA